CACCCUGCCCGGCCCCUCCUCGUGUCCUGGCGCCCACGUCUCCCGGACCCUCGGCGGUCCUCGGGCACGUCUGCACUGCAGCCCCUUCCCUGUGGUUCCUCACCCAGGCCUCUCCUUGCACCAGGGCCUCUCCCUGACUCCUCUGUCACCCUCCCCCGAGGUCACUCCCUGCACCCCUAGGGCCUUUCUCACCCUCCAGGCUUCUGCUUGCACCCCCAGAGCCUCUCCCUGACUCCUCUCUCACCCCCAUGCCUCUUCUUGCAACCCCCAACAGGCCUCCCUCUGUGCCCCUAGGCUUCUCCGUGCACCCCCAGGCCUCCUUGCACCACUCAGUCCUCACUGCACCCCCAGACAGGCUUCUCCCUGCACUCCCAGGCCUCCCUCUGUACACUCCAGGACUCUCUCCGUACCCCCAGGCCUCUUCCUGUCUUUCCCUGACCUCUCUCACUUUCCUGGCCCGUCUCUGGCCCCUCAGGCCUUCGCCAGGCUUUUCUUUGCCUUCCCUGGCCCCUCCUUGGAACCCCAGGCCCUUCCCUAGGUUCUCUCCUCACAGGAUCCCCCAGUACCUCCCUCCCCAGGCCCCGUCUGGUUCUGUAGGACCCUCUCUGGAUACCCAGGCCCUUCCUUGCUGUCUCUGGACCCCAGGUUUCCCCCUGACUUUUCUAGGCACUUCCCUGGGUCCCCAGGCUCUCCCCCAGCUCUCACUGUCCUCCCUGGCACCUCCCCCCCAACCCAGUCUUUCUGCAAAUCCCUCAAAGCGGAGCGCCCCAGUCCCUGGUCUGUAGCUGAUGUCCUUCCACAGUCGCCUUCUAUGCCCAUCUCUAUGUGUUUUUGUCUUUACUCACAGACCCCUCUCCAGCUUCCACUCCCUCCCUAGCGUCCCCACUUUAUUUACCUCCAGCUUUCCAGACCCCUCUCCCAACAGCUCUAGCUUUUCCUGAUGUCUCUGCAGCUCCCCACUCCCUGCCAGUCCCCAUCUACUCCUCUCCCAGGGUGCAGAUGGGCCUGAAGCGCCAUGGUGUGGAUACACGGCAGGCCCUCUGUCAGUGAUGAAACUGCAGGGCUUGCCAGAGACACACACAUCUCCUAAGUGGCACAGGGGCAAGCACAAGGCCUGGCUCCCUGGCCCUGCCCCUGCUUUGUCCUCACGAGCUCCCUGCUCUCUGCCAGAGGCAGUAUGGUCCGCAGGGCACCAUGGGGCCUGACAGAGUGACAGCCCGAGAACUGUGCGAGAACGAUGACCUGGCCACCAGCCUUGUCCUGGACCCCUACCUCGGCUUCCGCACCCAUAAAAUGAACAUCAGCCCCGUGCCCCCCCUGCGGCGACAGCACCACCUGCGCUCAGCGCUGGAAGCUUUCCUGAGGCAGCGGGACCUGGAGGCUGCGUACCGGGCCCUGACACUGGGAGGCUGGAUGGCCCACUACUUCCAGAGCCGGGGCCCGCGGCAGGAGGCUGCCCUCAAGACCCACGUCUAUCGCUACCUCCGUGUCUUCCUGCCAGAAAGUGGCUUCACCAUCCUGCCCUGCACCCGCUACUCCAUGGAGACCAAUGGGGCCAAGAUCGUGUCCACCCGUGCUUGGAAGAAGAACGAGAAGCUGGAGCUGCUGGUGGGCUGCAUCGCCGAGCUGCGGGAGGCGGAUGAGGGGCUGCUGAGGGCCGGAGAGAACGACUUCAGCAUCAUGUACUCUACCCGCAAGCGGAGUGCCCAGCUGUGGCUCGGCCCUGCGGCCUUCAUCAACCACGACUGCAAACCCAACUGCAAGUUUGUGCCCGCAGAUGGGAAUGCAGCCUGUGUGAAAGUGCUCCGGGACAUCGAGCCAGGGGACGAGGUGACAUGCUUCUAUGGCGAGGGCUUCUUCGGCGAAAAGAACGAGCACUGUGAAUGCUACACCUGUGAGAGGAGAGGUGAAGGAGCUUUCCGACUGCGGCCCAGGGAUCCUAUGCUGCCACCACGGCCCCAGGACAAGUACCAGCUACGGGAGACCAAGCGGCGGCUGCAGCAAGGCCUGGACGGAAGUGGGCGGCAAGGCCUGCUGGGCCCGUGGGCCUGUGUUCACCCGUCCCCUCUGCGCCGGGACCUGUUUUGCACUGCCUGCCAGCCCCUGCACCUGCCACCUUGUGGCACCCGCCCAGACAGCUUGCCCCUGUGGCUCCAGUGGCUGCCUCAGCCCCAGCCCCGAGUGCACCCCCGGAAACGCCGACGCCCCCGGCCCCGGCAGGCCCCAGCACCCCCCAUCCCCCAUGCCCGUGUCUCCCUGCACCGAUGGGGAGGCUGUGGCCCCCACUGCCGCCUGCAGGCAGAGGCCUUGGUGGCCCUGGGCCAGCCUCCCCGUGCCCGCUGGGCCCCCCAGCAGGACUGGCACUGGGCCCGGCGCUAUGGGCUGCCUUAUGUGGUGCGUGUGGACCUCAGCCGCCUGGCCCCGGCCCCACUAGCCACCCCUGCCCCCACUAGCACCCCAGGUCCCAUCCUGGUCCCCAAACAGGCCCUCGCCUUCACCCCAUUCUCCCCGCCCAAGCGCCUGCGGCUGGUGGUCAGCCAUGGCUCCAUCGACCUGGAUGUCAAUGAAGAAGGGCUGUGAUGGGCUGGACUCGGGGUGGGGGAGCCUGGGCAGGAGAGAGGGAGCUCUCUCCUAGCUCCCCCUACCUCCAGAAAAAGCCCUUGGACCUCUGGAGGGAGCUGACCCUUGACCUCAGCACAGCUCUAGCCCUGGGCGGGGGUUGGUUUGGACACCCCCAGGGAUCUGAUCCCUGACCCUUUGUGACUGCUGACCCCUGAGCCACCCUCACCCCACAGGGAGCCCUGGCCAUUUGCUGCCCUCCCCACCCCUGCCCAGCCUCAAGACUGCAGGAGCCAUCCCCUCUCUCAGCCCCUUCCUCCCCAGGGAGCAAAGCCAUAAGGGGGUGGGGGCCACCCCAUGGCAUCUCCCCAGAAGCCCAGGCCUCAGGAGGAGGUAGAACUGACUUGGGGGUGGCACUCCCUAAAUCUGCCCCCAUGGAGGGGAGUGGGUUUGCUCUCGGCUCUGCAACUGUCUAAGGUAGGGGAAGGUGGGGGCUGUCUGGGGGACAUGUUCUCCUCACUGCCCCCGAAGGGUCUCAGGGAGGCCGGGUGCGACCUCGUCUUUCUCAUGGUGCUAUCCCUGGUGCUACUGGGGUGGGGGCGCCCUCCCCUCCCCCACACCAGAAAGGGGUAUGUUGGGGGUUGGAAGCACUUGAACUUUUUAUUUUAUUUUAUUAAAACCUUGUUAUAAGGAGCA